CCAUGUAUUAGUCUCGAAGGCCCAGAGUUUGAAUCUGAUCCCAGCAUGAAAAGGAUCGGUAAUUUGUUGGUGGAUUUUUUCAAAGGUCCGACAGUCGAGAUGGUGCGAUUACAAGGCUUGGAGCUGCUCAUCUCAUUCACAGCCAAGGAGAACAUGAUCUAUAUGAGGGUAUACAGAGUUUUGCUUAUGAAAAGCGCUACUAAUGUGCCAAGAGUGGAACUCCUCGAAAUGGGACCAUCAAUCGAUUUCAAAGUGGAUAGGACAAAACUGGCUAGUGAUGAUUUAUUCAAAGCAGCAUGUAAAAAGCCAAAGGCGCUCAUGGUUUCUUCCCGUGUUUGUAUGCAUUUGAUGUUCUUUCAGGCUAAACGAAGAAAGAAUAUGUCUGAGGAUGUAUUUGGUAAUCAGCUAGCCCGAGUACAUAUAGGAAAACAAAAUACUGACGCCAUUCAAACAAGGAAAGUCAAAGCCUUGAGAAAAACGAAAGCUGCAGCUCCUUCAUCUCAGGCCGAUGACAUGGAAGAUGGCUCAGAUGAAGGCAAUUAUGAGGAUGGCAGCGAUGCUGAAGAAGGCAUGGAGGAGUAA